ACAAAAGUACCCCACACCGCUUUUCACUCCAUCCUUUAUUAAGGCCUUCCGAAGAGGCCGUAAUGCUUUACUCUAACAUGCAAACGCCUUGGGUAGCUCAACUUGGACCCCUCCCCCCUCCAGAUACGGUCGUGCCCCACCCUCCUGCACGAUAUUUUUUUCUACCAAAGGGUAUCCCACCCGGCGGUUAUUUCUGGAACGUUUUGCUAACGCCACUGAAACAUCUCUAACCUUCCCACACCAGCUCUCAUGAUCAUCACAAAAAGAGACCAUGCAAAACUCUUGGAACGGGCGCUGCCGAUCAAGGGUCUCAUUGAGGACCUCGUAUCGUGCGACCUCGCCCUCUUACCCUCGAAACUCAACGCGCUCACCGCCUGGGAAAAGCCCAAGGGUGACUUGUGCCAUUGGAUCCCGCUCCUUAACCGCUUUGACUCUAUCCUCGAGGACCUUGUCAAGAAAUAUGCCCUCGACGCCGAGCAUGUGCCGCUCCGUGAGCUCGAUCGCACGGAUCAGACGCUUUCCACCGCCUGUUUGGCCUACACCGCGUUGCUCUUGCGCCACUGUUCGAACAAACACAUCUACGCAUCCACCCACCAUCUCUACAACUUGGUUGGGUCGUGCUCUGUGCCCCUUAGACUCGCUACUUUGCACGUGUUGGUGCUUGUGGCCGAAAGUGCGUGCGUGACCCAUUCUUCGAAGAACGCCGCGUCGGCGGAGGUGAAGGCGCGCAUCCUAGCACUCGCGCGCUUCUUUCCCCCAGCGACCCACAAUCACUCUGGCGACGACCACAUCGGGUUGUACGACUGCAUUAGCAAUAAGAAGAAGAUUCCGUCAAAGUGGCGCGCGUUGGACUUUGAGUACUUCAAGACGACCGCCAAGACCGUUCCCCUUUUUCCGAAGGACCAGCCGCUGAAACAUGACGUCAAGUCCAAAAAGGACGCACCGAAAGAUGCCAAGGAGGAUAUAGCCGGGAAGCACGGAAAUUCCCUGUCCGACAAGACCGGAGAUACCCCUGCCGGUGUGGAGGUCUCCAGGAAGGCAUCCAAGAAGAAGAAAAAGACCCAAACCCACACCAUCUACACGGAAGGCCUCGCGCACUUCACCCUCCCCCAGGACGAGGUUCGUAAGCUCUCGCUUGCGCAGAUCUAUGACCGAGCGGUGAGUGUCCCGCCCGCGGCAUGGUUUCAGCUCGGGCUCAAGGCUCCGGUCGCAAAGGCCUUCAACAACCAGUCGUUCGAAGCGCUCCAGCUCCGCGAAAACCUCGUUCAGAUCCGGUGCCUUGCUAUCGCGUACAUCGUGUGCGUCAACGAUACGUCUCUGGUGACGUCGCAGUUGUUUGAAUUCGACCCUUACAUCUUCAGCUACCUCGUGGACCUUGUCUCACCCGCCAACAGCGUCAGCCCACCGGUAUAUGCGGCCGCCGUUAAGGCGCUCUCCUGCAUUGCGUUCCGCCGCACCUGGAGCAGCGACAUCGUGCGCGCCUUGUCCGCAAACGUGUCGCAUGGCGUGCUCUUCCAGAUGCUCCGCGUGAUCUACAAGGCUGCAAAGGACGAGGACCCUGCGCUUGACGAUGCGGCCAGCGCCGAGCUCCUCGUGGAGAUGCUCGGGCGCAUCCUCGAAACCAAAUCCCUUGCGGUUUCGCUCACCUCUGCCGGCCUUAUGACCCAUUUGCUCGACUUUCUCGCGUUGCGCACCACCAAGCGACGCAUUUCCAACGCAUCACUUCACCUCCUCGACGCCCUCAUUCUUUCAUACCCCGAGAUGCUUGACACGUUCAUCGAUAACGAGGGCUUCUCCAGGCUUGUGGACGCCAUUGUCUACGAGGUCAACUUUGCGGUGGCAAACCCCGAGUUCGCGGGCGGAAAACCCCAGGGCUGUAUUGUCCACUACGAAGUCUCCUUCCGACAGGCGCAGUAUUUCAAAACCCUUCUCAAGUUUGUGUUACACCUCCUCCAGACUGAUACCAGCGACCGCAUGCGUAACUUGUUUGAUUCCGCGCUCCUCGUAGCGCUCAACGAGAUUGUCUUGCGCCCGCAGAUGUUUGGCCCGACAAUCAUCACCGGCACGUUGAACAUCCUUGCGACAAUUAUCCACAACGAGCCAUCAUCGUACGCUAUCCUCCAGGAGGCCGGCUGCCUUGACAGGGUGUUGGCAAACUACGCAACACUCUUCGGGCCAUCGUCUGGCUUGUUCACGGCCAUGGUCGAGAUCGUUGAGGCCAUCUGCCUCAACACUGUGGGAUUGAAGAAGGUCAUCGACAUGGGGAUCCUCCCAACCUUCUUCCAGAGCUUUCUCGUGUCAGACUACUCCAAGGACCACGUGCGGGCCAUAGACACCAGCAACACGGAGCAGCUUGGGUCGUUGAUUGAGGAGCUCGGCCGCCACUACCCGGAGCUCCGCCCGAUCAUCGUGCAGGAGGUGAUCAAGCUCGCGGCCGCCGUUCCCCGUGCUGCCUCAGGGUUGUUGCCAGGAACGGAGUUGUACACUUCGCCCCAGGGUGCGUUCUACCACUCUAUUUCCGAGGAUGUUCUCAACCUCGAGAAAGGGGCUGAGGAUCUCAAGGAGUGGGAAAUCACUGAAGGCUCGUUCAUGGUUGACCGCGCGACUUUGUUCCUCUCGUCGUUGGUCCAGGAGAGCGGCAUGGCGCGUGCGCUCAUGGAAAAGAUGCCGUUUGCCCGCUGGUUGGACUUUCUCGCGGUGGCAAACGCGCCAUAUGACUUUGUCUUCUCGGACUCCAUUCUCUCCAUCACGGGGGUGCUUAAGUUUCUUGACGAGGAAGACCGAAAGUAUGGGCUUGGGGAUGGGUCGAUAAUUGAUGCGUUGCUCGCGUGGUUGGAGAGCGUGGAUGCGUUUUUGCAGUUUGACCAUGCCGCGCGCGGCACCUCGGCGUUUCUGGCGAUGGCCCGUGACGGCCAAAUUUCCGCCGCCAGCAGCUUACUCCAGAAUUUGGCGCACCUCUCAGCCCUCCUUGUCGUUUUUAUGGACAUCUAUUGCAACCCGUACAACCUUUUCCCGGUCCGGAUCACGCAGCUCUCGCAGAUUUUUGCCGGAGCCAAAGGCCAGCGACUCAUGGAGCUCCUUGGGUGCCUUUUCCAGAGCUGUGCGCUCGAGGAGGCGUUCCUCCGCUGCUCCAUGCCCGACGAGGCCACCACACUCACGUCUCCGCCGAAGAACCCCGACGUGCCGCCGCUCCAGUUUAGUCACGGUGAGCUUUCUCUGACUCCGGUGAAGAACGACAAGAAUAGCGCCAAGUACAAAAACUCGGUACAGAUCCGGUUCCUUACCAACCGCAUCCAGGUGGCUGUCGCGGCCUGUUUCUCCGCCAUGGCAAACCUCCCGAUGGCCAAGAAGCAGGAAGCACAAGUGCUGAAGGCAAGUCUUGUCGCCACGUCGAACCAUCUCGCAACCACCCUUAUCCGUUUGAUGGAUGUCACGGUUGACGAUCCCGCCGCCCAGGGCUCCUACGUUGCAGUUGUGGUCAAUCUUCUCUGCUUUGUGUUGACAGGUAAGUCGCGCACCGGGCAGGAGCAUCUCCAGACGGUGCUUGCGAUCUGCUUCAUGCAGCAAGGCGGGUUUAUGCGCUCGCGAGCGGUCUUAGUGCACCACUGGCAGCUCCUCUACACGCUCGACACGGAGAGGCUCCGCGCCGCGCAGAACUUGAAGUACCUCCCGAACACGGUGGAGUGCGCGACGCUCGUAAUCAUCUCGCAAUUGUUGAACUUGUUCACCAAGGUACUGAACGGCGACCAAAUUGAAAAGAUCCCUGCCGUCAACCAUCUCUACAACAACGGCAUUAUCAACGCGCAGGAGGUUAGCGCGAACUUUGUUGUCCAGGCAAAGCUCCUCUUGAUGGGCUUCUUGGACACGGUCAUGGACGGCAAGUAUCCCUUUGACGAGGACAUCAUCACGCGCCUCACGCCGUUGGCGAUCCACCGCUUUCUCGAGAUCAAUCGCUUUGUGUUCACCAACAACGGUGAGCUCCACGUGAGCCACGCCGGAGCGCUUGCACAGUUGGACUCCGCCCGGAGUUCCUCCAAGGUGGCGUAUCUCCGGUCGCUCGGGAUGCCAGAGGCCGUUGCGGUCGACUUUGUCAAGGAGCACGACGUGUACGACGUUCCAGCACACCAACCAGACGACAUUGACGACGAUGAAUGGGACGGAAUCGUGGAAAAGUGUCUCCAGAAGGGCUAUGUCAAGCCGGAGGCGCACCUUGUCAGUCCCCAGUACCGGGAGUACCGCUUCCUCAACGAGUUAGACGACUUGCGAGCGAAGAACCGCGGGCGUUUCUUGGAAAGGUGGUUGCUCAUUCCCCAGUUCUCGCCAAAGUCGGUCUUCAAGGUACACGAGGUGGUGGACGGGGCGUUUGAGAAGGAUCCUGAGGACAUUCCACACGUGGUGCUCGAGUACUUGUACUCGUUCGACAUGGCCGAUGUGGGAAACAAAGAAAAGCUUGCGAGCAUGCUCACGCUUUUGUCAUUGUUUAUGAGCGACAGCAAGGUGUUCUACCGCGAGUCCACGCUCGAGCUCGUGGACGAGUUUAUGGGGUUUUUCGAAGAUGUGCUCCAGCCGGAGCAUCUCAACCAGCCGUGGUUCUCCAAGGCGCUCUUGGUGUUUGAGAGGAUUCUCUCGUAUUCCGAUAUUCCCGUGGCUGAGGAAUUGGCCAUCGAGGGCAAGUUACGCUUCCCCGUGGUGCCGGGCCAUCCGUCGAUUAGCCGGGAAACGUACGAAGGGACAUUUAUGCGCGUUUUGGCACUCGACGUGGAGAUAUCCGACAUUGAUACCGCCAUUUCGCUCACGCGGAUCCUCAUUCUUUUUGGAAGAAGGACCGAAAACACUAGUAAGAUGAUCGAGGCGGGGGUGGUCAAGCGCAUAGUGACGUCGGUAGCGGUGUUCAAUGCCUCUGAUAAGUUCUUCAUCCUCCAGGAGUCGCUCAUUGCGUUGUUCCGCCGGUGUUUUGAGUCGCCGGAGGUGAUUCGGCGGACGAUGGAGGCCGAGUUGCGCAGGGUUCUCGCGACGAAGGGGCGGUUCAGCCCGGGUACCCACAAGGAUAUCAACGUGGUGGUGAAGGAGACGUCUGCGAUGGUGGUGCGGGCGCCGGAGGUGUACGUGGAGGUCGGGAGCAAGGAGAUGCGGAUUCAUGACUGUACAAAGCCGUUGAUGACGAGCUUAGUGGAGCUGGCAGUCCCGCCAAUUCUGGAGGGUCCGUCGGCAAAGCCCUUGGACGACCCUACGGGCAUCAUGGACCUCCUCCUUUCGGAGCUCAUGGCGGCCAAGAAACACAAUUGGUUUGAGGACCCCGAGCCGAGCGAACCUUUCACCUCUGAGCAAGUGGCCGCCAAGGAGGCGGACCAGAAGGCGAAGGACGCGCUGAGCCAGUUCAAAGGUGGGAUCACCAAGAACCCGCAUUGUGCGUACGCAUGUUUCCUUCUCCAGGCGAUGGUGGAGCUUCUCGCGUCGUACAAACUCGCCAAGAUCGAGUUUGUUUCGUACUCGAAGAAGCACAAGGCGUUUGGGGUGGCCAAGGCAAGCUCUACGUCGAUGAACUUCCUUCUUCACCAGGUUCUUCCGACGCAUUCGCUCGCGGACGGCAAGGCUGACGCAAGCGAGCGGCCAAAGAUGGUGUCACGCUUGGCGAAGAUGGCGAUCGUGGCGUUUGUUUCCUCCCCGCUAGGCGAGGACGGUAAAAAGGAGGACCCCGACAUGCAGUUGAUCCGCAAGUACACGGUGGAGUCGAUCGCGCGCGUGCUUCAGGAGGCGUUUGUGUCUUCGGACGUGGCCAAGAAGCGCUUUGGGAUGAUUGUUGACCUUGUGCGUCUCAGCGAGAGCUUGGUACUUAAGGAGUACCGCGAGUGUCUUGGGAAGGGACUCGACAAGGGCUCUACCGAGCUUGACUGCUACUACAUCGGGCGCCUCAUGCUCGAGAAAGCGCUCCCGGCGCAGUUUUCCGCCGUGAUUUCCGACGUUGACUUCAACUUUCCGGGCGCCAAGGAGGUUAUCAACGCGUGUAUCGGGCCCCUUAGGACGCUUUGCAAGCUCAAGAUUCAGUUCCAGGACCUCUUUCGCAGCGCCGGUGGUGAGGGUGAGGGCGAGGAGGAGGAGGCGUUGUCGGAUGACGAUAAGGAAGACACGCCAGACUUGUUCAAGAACUCGACGCUCGGGAUGUACGACGUGGAGGACAGCGAGGAGGAGGAGGACUACGACGAGAUGGACUACGACGAACGUGAACCAUUGGAGGUGGUUUACUCCGAGGAUGAAGUGACCGACGAGGAGUUGGAGGAGGAUUCCGAUGACGUCGACAUGGAGGAACCAGAGGCGUGGUCAGGCGAGGAUGUCUCGAUGUCGGAGCCUGACGAGAUCACCGAGCGCGGGUUUGUUGAAAUUGAGACCGAAGACAGUUCCAGCGAGAUGUCCGAGGAGAGUCUCCAGAGCGAGAUCUCGUUUGACGAUGACUUUGACGACGACGAGAUAUCUGUCGGGUCUGAUGACGCGUUAGACGAAUGGAUGGAUAACUACGCGUCUGACGGGGAGGAGACCGGUCCGACCGCGUUCCUGGAGGAUGAUGAUGACGAGGAGGAGGACGAACUGGAGUCUGAUAUUGACUCUGCGGCCGGGGACUACGCGAUCGUGGAAUCCGGGAUUGAGCACUUUGCGAACGGUGGUGUGGGGAACCGGCGUGGGUCGCGCAGCGGAAUGAUCGAGGACUUGAUGAGCGCCUUUGGCGAGCUAUCGCGUGCGAACGGUGGUAGCAUCUUCCGUGAGGGUGGAGGUAUCAACGUGCCCGGCAGCGACGCGAUUAGCAUUCUCGACCGGUUGUUCGACAAGAAGAAGAAGGACAAGCUCAGCUUGGCGCCCAACUUUGUGAUCAAGUCGACGCUCGAGAGCUGGAAGUACGUGGCGGCGAUGUUUUCGUUGUCGCACGAGUCGUACGCGGCCGCGCCGGCGAUUCUCAACCGCAUCUUUGAUGUGUCGCUCGAGCUUUCGGUCGCGAAACGUGCAGCUGAGGAGCAGGCGCGCGCGGCACGUACGUCAAAGCUCCAGGUGAAGCGCGAGGAGCGCGAACGCCAGCGCCGUGAGAGCGAAACCGCGCGCCGCAACGCGCCGGUUGUUACCCCGGCGGUGGAGCCAAUCCUCAUGCUGAUCGGGGGACGUGAGGUUGACAUUAGCGGUACCGACAUCGAUCCAGAUUUCUUCGAAGCGUUGCCCGAAGAUAUGCGCGAGGAGGUGUUCACGCAGCACAUCCGCGAACGCCGGGCAGAGGCUACCGUCGCCGGCGGUGACACGCGCGAGAUCGAUCCCCAGUUUCUUGACGCGCUCCCGCCGCAGAUCCGUGAGGAGAUUCUCCAGCAGGAGGCCAUGGCCAACCGGUUUGAGGAGACGGAAGAGCUGGACAAUGACGAAGCAAUCGAGGGUGAGGAGGAAGAGGAGGAAGAAACUGACGUGGUUGUGCCGAAGCUGAAGCAGCGGUUGUUUUUCACGCCAUUGCUCGACCGUGCGGGCGUCGCGUCGCUCACCAAGUUGAUGUUCCUUCCGCAAACGUUUAAGGAGCGCGGCGCGAUGCACGCGUUGAUGGAGUACUUGUGCUCUAGCAAGCAGACGCGUACAGAAAUCUUGGGGCUUCUUCUCUCGGUGUUGGAGGGCACUGGCGGCCAGAAGUCGCUUGAGAAGUGCUACGCACAGUUGUGUAGCCGUGUGAAGAAGGGCCGAGAAGCGGGAGAGUUCCCUGUCGGUGCGACACCGCUUGUGGUGGCGACCCAGACGCUCGAGGCGCUUCAAUAUCUCUUGGAGGCGGAUCCGCACACGCGGUUCUACUUCCUCGUGGAGCACGAGGCCGUGCGCAAGGGCAAGAAGAAGUUUAAAGAUACGAUUGAUAAGGCAAAGAAGUAUCCUGUCAACGCGUUGCUUGCGUUUGUGGAGAAAAAGUUGGUGCAGAACGAGCCGAUCUUGAUGGAUCUUGUAUCGCGGGUGGUUCAGGUGGCAACGAGGCCGUUGGCCCUCAAGGGGAAGACCGAGAUGGAUAAAAACAACGAUGGUAAUGCAACUCUCGGAAGUAUGGCUGACCAUGUGCCUGCUGCUCUGCACGCGCUUGCGCCGCUUCUCUCCGAGGCCUCGCUCACCCACCUUGUUUCUAUCCUCAUUGCCGACGAAUGCUCCAGUCGUACCUUCCAGCAGGUGCUCGGCGCCAUGCAGAACCUCUCGUUGGUCUCCAACGCACUGACAGUCUUUCCCCGCGAGCUCUCGCUCCAGGCGUCGCGCCUUGGGGGUCUUAUCGUUGGUGACCUACGGGACUUGGCCACAGACAUCACCUCCACGCCAGCCGCUGAGGAGCUUUGCGGAAUAACGAUCAACAAGUUCGUUCCGCCAUCGUCCGACCAGGCCAAGCUCCUCCGCGUGCUCACCGCCUUGGACUAUCUCUUUGGCGGGACGCAGACCGUCGAACAGCUCUCAUUGUUGUACACCAAGAUCGCCCUUGGGCCGCUCUGGGACGCGCUCUCCUCGUGUCUCCGCGUCUUGGAGGAGCGGGCGGCACUCACCAACGUCGCGACCGUACUCCUUCCGCUCAUCGAGGCACUCAUGGUGGUGUGCAAGCACUCCCGGGUUAAGGACCUCCAGACCAAGGAUGUUUACACUGUGCGCAAGGACUUUUUGAAGGAGCCGAUCGAGAGUCUCUUUUUCGCCUUCACCGACGAACACAAGAAGAUCUUGAACCUGAUGGUGCGGGUGAAUCCGAAGCUCAUGAGCGGGCCGUUCGCGAUGUUGGUGAAGAACCCGCGGGUGCUCGAGUUUGACAACAAGCGUAACUACUUCGACCGCCAGUUGCACAAGGACGGCGAAAGACCGACGCUUAACGUGUCGGUGGGUCGUGAUCUCGUCUUUUUGGACUCCUACCGCGCGUUGUUCUUCAAGUCCAAGGAGGAGAUGAAGAACGCGAAGCUUGACAUCAAGUUCAAGGGGGAGGAUGGGGUGGAUGCCGGUGGGGUGACUCGCGAGUGGUACCUGGUGUUGUCGCGCCAGAUGUUCAACCCCGACUAUGCGUUGUUCGCGCCGGUGGCGAGCGAUAAGACAACGUUCCACCCGAACCGCACGUCGUGGGUCAACCCCGAGCACCUUUCGUUCUUCAAGUUCAUCGGGCGGAUCAUCGGUAAGGCGAUCUACGACGGCUUCUUCCUCGAUUGCCACUUCUCGCGUGCAGUCUACAAGCAGAUUCUCGGCUGUCCGCUGUCGCUCAAGGACAUGGAGACGCUCGACCUCGAGUACUUCAAGUCGUUGAUCUGGAUGUUGGAGAACGACAUCACUGACAUUAUCAUCGAAGACUUUUCGGUGGAGACGGAUGACUACGGUGAGCACAAGGUGAUUGACUUGAUUCCCGACGGGAGAAAUGUGCCCGUGACCCAAGAAAACAAGCAGGACUACGUCCGGAGGGUUGUGGCGUACCGCUUGCAGACGAGCAUCGCGGAACAGAUGGAUAACUUCCUCCAGGGCUUCCACGACAUUAUUCCGCGGGACUUGAUCGCGAUCUUUGACGAACAGGAGUUGGAGCUUUUGAUUUCCGGGUUGCCGGAUAUCGAUGUGGACGACUGGAAGAACAACUCGAAUUACGUCAAUUACUCUGGGUCGUCGCCGCAGAUCCAGUGGUUCUGGCGCGCGGUACGCUCGUUUGACGUUGAGGAGCGCGCGAAGUUGUUACAGUUUGCGACGGGGACGAGUAAGGUGCCGCUAAACGGGUUUAAGGAGCUCAGUGGGGUGAACGGGAUUGCCAAAUUCUCCAUUCACCGGGAUUACGGCAAGACGGACCGUUUGCCGUCGUCACACACAUGCUUUAACCAGAUUGACUUGCCAGAGUAUGACUCGUAUGAGCAGUUGAGGGGUUCGCUUCUUUUGGCAACUACCGAGGGACACGAGGGGUUUGGCUUGGCGUAGUGCCAGAGCUAACCUUUUUUGUAUUUUUAUGCUUAAAAAGAUUGUUAUUUCGGAAGGAGUACGAAGAGAUUUUGGUUGUACAUUCACACCCCACGUCACGGUCUAUAUAAGAGGUGGAGGUUGCUGAGAACGAGAUAAAGUGUAUAUGCGUUUGAUAAUUUAUAUGGUAAACAGUGAAGAUUUAGAGUG